AGUCCUGUCACGAUUCAAGUCGUGGGAAGGCAAUCGAUCAACGCUUCCAACUCACCACAUCCUAGCGAGACGCAAAGCGUUCCGCCGCGUGCAUGGCCUAAGGGACUGACGAUGGCAUCCAAGGGAGCCUUGAAAACAGCUGCCGACGGCGCUCGUCUCUUCAAGACUUCCUACGCACGUACGAUUGGCAAUCUCAAGGUCGAUGCGUCUACACCAUGUAUUGUGCAGGGAUUUACGGGAAAGAGCAGCACCUUCCACUCCAAGCUCUCCCUGGACAUGGGCACCAACAUCGUCGGCGGGGUCAGCCCAGGCAAGGGGGGAAGAACACAUCUGGAACGGCCCGUCUUUGAUAGCGUGAAAGAGGCCGUCAAGCAUGUGAAGCCACAUGCUACCGCAGUCUUCGUCCCUCCACUCCUCGCGGCAGACGCAAUAAUCGACGCCAUAGAGAACGAGGUGCCCCUCAUCGUAAGCGUGGCGGAAGGAAUACCGGUGCAUGAUCAGAUCAAGGUCAUGUCCGCUCUACAUUCACAGGACAAAUCGCGUCUGGUUGGAGCGAACAGCCCAGGACUAGUCAACCCGGCCGGAUGUAGGCUCGGGAUUUCGCCCAGUAUAGUCGCAGCGCCAGGACCGAUAGGUGAGCGCUCGAACCACCUGUCCAUGUCUUCACUCCUGCUCCCUUCGAUGAUUAACUCAAUCCCUGCCAUCCUGUGCCCAGGCAUCGCCGCCCGAUCCGGCACCCUCUCCUACGAGGCCGCAGCCUCGUGCAAAUCGACCGGCCAGUCCUACAUCUUUGGUCUCGGCGGGGACUUCUACCCGGGCACACGCACAGCCGAAGCCCUCGAAUUCUUCAUGAAUGACGAGAGCACAAAGGGGAUCAUACUGGUAGGCGAAGUGGGAGGGGUCAUGGAGGAAGAAGCCAUCGACCUCCUCCACAGCAACGGCUACCUCAACGCCGAGACGGGCGAGCCGAUAAAGCCUAUCGUGGGCUUCAUCUCUGGCCGCAAUGUGCCUCCGGGUCAGACAUUCGGCCACUCCGGUGCCGUGUGGCGUGAUGGGAUCAACUCGGCGGAGCAGAAGCGCGAGGCGUGGAAGGAGGUGGGGAUCAAGGUGGUAGACACCAUUGCGGAUACGGGGCCGGCGAUUGUGGGAGAGAUGAAGAGACGGGGCUUGAUCGAGGGGGACAAUGGGGACAAGGGAGGGAGCGGCUUCGGCUUGGCAGACGUGCUUACAUUGGGGCUGGCGGAAAGUUUGAUGUCUUCGUGAAUCUGCAUCGUGAGAAAGCAUACAUGAUGGAAACGCGUGUUUAGUAGGGGAAGGG